UGAAAUUCAAAACUAACAAAGUAUCAAAUUAAACUGAUAUACAAUAGCACAAACCGUUCAGACAUGACGCACAGAUUCCAAACCAAAAUAGCAUAGACUACAUUUGAAUGUAAACACCACAACAUUUGAUACGAAUAUAUACAAUAUAUAUUUAAAUAUCAUAUAUAUAUUACAUCCAUAUAUUUGAUAUUACCAACAAGUGUUACAACACAGCUGAUUUUGCAUUUUCAUGGAAAUAAGAAAAAAUGGAAAAUUUGGGUUAUAAAGAAGGUACAGCCAAGCCAAGACGCAUUACACGUUCAAAGAGUGUCAUCACCAAAAAUGAAGCUGAACAACCUUUGUCUGGGAAUAAUAACGGCAGAUUCAAGUCGAUACCUCCUAAUCUUAUGGUAAGAUGGCGCAACAAUACGGACGCCAUGAUAGAAGCACAAUAUCCAACACCUGGUGAAUUUGAAUAUAUGGAAUGUGGACCAUCCCCACCGGCUGAAAGUGCGCCAAGUAUGUAUGACAGUUUUGAGGAACCCACCAGUGAACUAAGCGUGCAAAUAUGCAACGAUACACUCCGCAUAAGUCUGAUCGAUCAAAUGAAGAGCGCUGCGGGACGUGUACGUUUCUUUGAAGACAUCGAACAAGGCAAUGUCAUUGCCGAGAAUACUAAAACUCAUUUCGAAUCAGCAUCGAAAAUUGAAAAGAAUCUCAGUUAUUUAUGGGCAGCAUUUUUAAAACGUUGGGAUUUGUUACAAAGUCUCAUAGAUGCUGGCGCCGAGCUUAAUUUUUGUGAUCAGAAUGGUAUAACAGCUUUACACUUGGGAGCCUUCAGUGGUUGUCUUUCCACGUUGAGUUUUUUGGUGGGCAAGGGAAUGAAUGUCAAUUUACAGCCAAAAUGUUAUACACCAUUGCAUUGUGCGGCUUUCGGUAACACAGCGGAGGCAGCUAAAUUUUUAAUAAACAAUGGCGCGCUCAUCACCAUUGAUACCAAUAAACCAAACUGUGAGGAGAGUUUGCUGCACUGUGCCGUACGCUCAAACGCACUGGAGUGCUUACAACUAUUUAUAGUUGAAGGUGCAGAUGUUAAUUCACUUAAACCAAAUGGCACUAAUGCGAUACAUUUGGCUGCAGAUUUAGGUAACGCACAAUGCUUAGAAGCAUUGCUGACUGCAGCAAAUGCCGACCCAAAUGUCAGAAUCUGUAUACGUGAAAAAGAAUCUACUGCACUACAUUUAGCUGCUGAUGAGGGCAAUGUGGAGUGCGUAGACUUACUUUUAGCCAAAGGCGCUGAUGCUAAACUGAAGAAUCAUCGCGGUUUUACUGCACUACACUUGGCAGCUCGCACCUCUAGCUUGGAGUGUGUUGAAUCUUUACUUCGUAAUGGCAAUGCAGAUCCGAAUGCCGAAGAUUUUGACCAUCGCACGCCCUUACAUGCUGCUGUUGGUAAAUCAGAGAAUGCUUUUGAUAUAUUGGAAACGCUAAUACAAUGGGGUGCCAAUGUUAAUCACAAAGAUAUUUAUGGUUUUACUGCACUGCAUUUAGCGGCUUUAGAUGGCUUGGCACAAUGUGUUGAAAUGUUAAUAUUUCAUGGUGCGGAUGUAACAACAAAAUCGAAAAAAGGUACAUCGGCACUGAAUGUGAUAACGCGAAAAACUCCCGCCUCUGUGGGCAUGAUAACACAAAAACUUGAUGCUGCUAUAACGUUACACCAUUCACAAGACCCAGUCAAUCGUGAAGUGGAGUUAGAAUUAGAUUUUCGACAACUAUUGCAACAUUGUCAUCCACGCGAGAUCAGCUACUUGAACACAUUCGUAGAUGAAGGACAAAAAGAAAUACUAGAACAUCCAUUAUGCUCAUCGUUUUUAUAUAUAAAAUGGGGCAAAAUACGUAAAUACUAUAUUGGACGAUUAAUAUUUUGCUUCACAUUCGUACUAUUUCUUACACUUUAUGUACUCACAGCUUUGGCGCAUAACUGCUAUAAUGGUAGCAAGGAUGAUAAUACCACAAUACAAGCGCAGGAAUUAUGUCAGAAGCAAUCGAUACUUGGUGAUAUGCUACGCAAUAAUCCAUUUGUGAUGGAAAUGCAAUGGUGGGUAUUGGUGGCAAUUACUAUAGUUGAAAUAUUUCGGAAACUGUAUGGCAUCACUGGAUACUCAUCAUUUAAACACUAUGUGACGCAGGUAGAGAAUAUAAUGGAAUGGUUUGUAAUAACGAGCGUUUUUGUUAUAUCUUAUAUUUACACGAAGCAAACGUAUACCUUUCAAAAUCAUAUCGGGGCAUUUGCAGUGUUGCUGGGUUGGACAAAUUUAAUGUUGAUGAUCGGUCAACUACCAGUAUUCGAUGUUUAUGUGGCUAUGUACACUAGAGUACAAGGUGAAUUUGCCAAGUUAUUUAUGGCUUACUCGUGCAUGUUAAUAGGAUUUACGAUAAGUUUUUGUGUUAUAUUUCCUUCUUCAUCUUCAUUUGCUAAUCCAUUCAUGGGAUUUAUAUCCGUAUUGGUCAUGAUGAUAGGCGAACAAGACCUUUCUUUACUAAUAAACGAUCCAGAUGGCAAAGAUCCACCUUUCUUGUUAGAAGUAAGUGCACAAAUUACAUUUGUGCUUUUCCUACUAUUUGUCACAAUUAUACUGAUGAAUCUGCUCGUUGGCAUUGCCGUUCACGAUAUACAAGGAUUGAAGAAAACAGCGGGACUCUCAAAAUUGGUACGACAAACAAAGCUAAUUUCAUACAUUGAAUCCGCUCUUUUCAAUGGCUAUCUACCAACUUGGCUGAGAAAUUUAUUGCACUACACAGCUUUGGUCUCACCGCAGGCAUAUCGUGUAGUGCUAUGUGUUAAGCCACUAAACCCAAGUGAGAAACGUUUACCACGCGAAAUACUUAUGAAAGCUUACGAAGUGGGAAAAGUGCGUAAACAUUUUGGCCAUACAAUAUCGGCUAAAAAUACCGCAGCCACUUAUUUGUCCUACAAAAACCAAUACAACACGAAUAAAAGUCAAAACUAUACUACUGAUGAACUAGACACGGUACAUUUUACUACACUAACUACUAAAAUAGACGAUAAUGCCGAGCGUAUUGAGUUCUUAACUCAAGAAAUACAGGAACUGAAGCAGGCUUUAAUAACGCAACAACAACAAGCAAGUAAAGUUAUCGAUAAACUAUUAAUUGUGAUUUCCAAUCAGCAAAAAAAUAAUUUAAGAAAAUAAUUUUUCACUUUAGGCUAAUUUAUACCCUGUGUGGUAUUUUAGAUGAUAUAAGAGCUAUAGAAUUUAUUAUAUAAAGAAUUUAUA